AUGUCAGCCACGGCUCCAACCUUCCGCAAGGACUCUGCGCAAAGCUCCAAGGAGCGAGUUGGCAUGGCCUUCACUCAAGAAAGUGGUCCCGCAAAGCCCCAGUACAGCAACACCACUACCAGUGUUCCGAUUCAGUCAAGCCACAGCCAUUCACGCGUCUCUAGGUAUGCCAGCUCCUCAAAAAACACCGUCGCUGGCCCUGGGCCAAGCACCACGCAGAAGGCUGCGGAGCCGCGCCAGGAGAAUCAUACCGAUCAUAUCAACAAUCGAGAUGAGGAGAACUCACGCGCCCCCGUAACAUCGGUGGACAUCGUCACAAACAAGGAGCGCGCCAAACCACCCAUCAUCACGCGCGUCCUUUCUCCAAUGCGCGCACGCCGAACGCCUGUCCUUGUCAACGCACCAGAUGUGAGAUGGCGCCUGGACCCGCGAUUGCGACAGAUACCGUCUCUCGACUCCAUCCUUAGUUCUUCCACGACAUCAGCUUCAGAAACGUCUACUGUACGCCUGAUUCCCAUCCUGCCGCACAAUAUUGCGUUGCCGUCGUCUGUGGCAUCAUCGUUGUUCACAGUCAUGCCCGAGGCAAACCCCGUCAGGAUACCUCUUCCGCCAUCACCACCACCCACCAGCGUCGCCGACGCUACAAGACACAGCGAAGCCGUCGAACGACGAACGCCGAGUGAAGAACACUACUUCCAACAGACUCACCAUCUCUCUCCCGUCACCGAAGUAUCCUCAGGUUUCUCGGUCCGCUCCCUCGGCUCGUCUAUUGUCGAUCUUGAGGUCCAGGACAUCGCAACUGCCGAGCGCCACGGCCUUGACGAAGUCGCAAAGCAGAGCGUACACAUCAUGUCGUGCGCACAUUCCUCGCAGGUCAGCCUUAGCAGUCAACAGUCGCGACAGGGUAGAUUCCAAGAGCGCUUCGGCCUCGAUGUGAUGGACCACCAUGCAGACAGUCCAAGGAGCGGAGGAAUAAGCGAGACCCCGGUCGUGAGCGGUGUGGAUGAGCGUGGAGAGAGAGGCUUCAGCGGCGCAGAUGAGGAAUAUGCCCGACUUGAAAGGACCGUGACUGAAAGAAAGAAGGCGAGGACUAUCUGCGGGCGACUCAAAAACUUGACGAGAAAGCUAUCCGGGGUUGGAGCUCACGCUGGACUGAACGUCGUCAGGAAGCUGGGGAAAUGGGCUGGAUUCGAAUGCGCAUGA